AUAUGGUAAUUGGUAAAUGUUAAUACCAAAUAAAAACACAAAAGGGUAGACAGAAAAGGAAAAACACAGAGACCUCUCCGUCGUGUUUUCUCUCCAUCUCUUGAACUUUCCGGUUUAUUCUCUGUAUCAAUGAAGAUUUUGUAUCAAACACAAACCUAAUACUGGUUCCUUGACUGGUAAUGUAAGUAUUUGGGUUGUUAAGUCCAUGGAAAAAUCAGGCCCUGUGCAGAAAGCCGUUGUGCUCCAGCCAUUUGUAAAGCUCAAGUAAUACAGAAAGAUUAUGGAUUUAGAUGCAUGGGAAAUCAUCCAUAUACCUGAAAAGCCUGCAUUGUCACCUGACCAUCAGCCCACUGUAAAGGUAUAUGCGAGUCUAAUUAAACCCAAAUUUGCCAAUAUGAUAGUCAGGCAUUUAUGUAAGAUUGCUCCUCUAGAAGAUCUUCGCCAUGUUAAAAGGGUGAAGAAGAAGAUUCUUCCAGAUAGCGGUGAAACUCAGUUGACUGUCAUCUUAUGUCUAGCACCUGAGCACCACGAUCAAUUGAACAAUAUGCCACCUGAUGUGCAGAAACUCGUUGAUCCCUAUGAGUUGAGUCCUUUUAUUACACAAGUAUGCAAAUAUGCUGCGGUAUCAAAAGAAGAGUGGGAAGAACAGAGUAAGAUAUGGCCAACUUCUUUUCACCCCCCAACUUACAAUAUAGAUGGCAUCGGUGGGUUCAGCGAGGAGGAUACACAAUCGAUCUGCAAGUUCAUGAGAGUUGUUAUUGAUAUGGCAGUAUCUGGUCAUAAACCACUUGUAAAUGCUGCAGUGAUAGUUGAUCCUUCAGUUAGGCGAAUAAUAGCUAGUGAAACUGAUCAAGUAUAUGCAUCAUCUGCUCCUCGCGACAAUACUAGCGCAGGGACCAGGCCCUUCAAGGAAACAGGGGAAAUAUGCUUAAAUGGCAUACUUGAAAAACAGAAUUGUUCGUUGUCUGCUGUUGCUUGUCUAAAUCCCUGGCAAUGGAGUUUGCAGCCGCAUGACACUGAAAUUUGUAGCCAAUGGAAUCCUCUUAGGCAUGCUUCCAUGGUUGCCAUUGAAUCUUCUUCGGCCAGAGAUAGACAUCUGUUUCCCAAUUCAUCCGAGAUUUUUGGUCAGGAUCAUGUUCAGCCCUCAAAUACAGAUUCUCCGGCUAAAAAGCAGAAAACAAGCAGUCACAGUCCAGACGUCCAAAGUGACAGCGGAGAAGAGACUCUUAGAGAUCCUUCAAUGGAAAGGCCGUACCUCUGCACUGGUUAUGACAUUUUCCUCCUGUUGGAGCCCUGUGCAAUGUGUGCUAUGGCGCUUGUGCAUCAAAGAAUAAAACGGAUUUUCUAUGCUUUUCCAAACCCCACGGCAGGUGGUCUCGGGAGUGUUCAUAGACUUCAAGGGGAAAAGAGUUUGAACCAUCAUUAUGCAGUGUUUAGAGUUUUGCUGCCUGAUGACGCACUUAGGCAAAUGACCAUGGUCUAAUGCAUUGUUGUAGUCGAUCGAUAAUUGUAUUACAGGUUCUGGGUGAGAAAGUUGUCGAGUAAAUAAAAACAGUUUCACUCCAUCUCUCAUCCAAUUCUUUAUCAACAUGCUCUAUACAAAUAAGAGAAAUGGUUUCCAAAUUGUACGAGCGCAAAUCUCAACAAUAAUAAAGGAGGGAUAAAGAAUACUUUGAGCUGAUGAAA